UUUGAUCGUAAUGAGCACGUGUAACUGGUAAAAAAUCAAUAAGUAAUCUGGAUACGCUGCAGUAUACUCUGGAGUUGCAUACCCCCCUUUCCUGGUCUCACAUUACGGUUGCGCUAGCUUGCAGUGGUCGCCUGUUCCGUCGUGCAUCCCAGAUAACGUUAACUUCCACGUUUAUAUGCCGACUAAUGGAUUUGAAUGGCGUCUUAUUCCCUUGAUUUGUGAUCACCGGUGCGAUUUUACCAGAAUAAGCCUAAGCCACGGAGCUCACAAGAAGCGGAAAUUAUAGUUAUCACCCACUGUCACAAUGAGCGCUGUAGCUGCACUACGGCAUUGUAGCCGAUAUUAUUGCACAUUUUCUUUAAUAAUCCUCAGUAUGUCGCCGGUAUACCCGGCUCAACUGACAAACGACAUGACCUCCCUGACCUCACCUUUAACCGAAGAUGAGCUCGACCUCCUCUUAGGAAUUUAUGACCAGCUAGCUAACAUUUCCCAAGCCGACGAAAGCAAUUUAUCACUUUACCUGGGAAAAAUGAUGGCUAAGCUUUCCAACUUUUCUUUGGAGGUGUUUCCAUUUGAAGAGCCUGUUAACGAGUUGACGCUGAUGUAUCGCAUUAUUGCCACCACGGUGCACUCAGCCAUUUUCUUCCUGGGAGUGUCCGGCAAUGUCCUGCUUAUCCUGGUGGCAUAUAAAUCCAGGUUUCUCAAGCAGCCUAUGUAUACCUGUUUGGUGUCAAUGGCCUAUGCCGAUCUACUGGUCUGCUUAACGGCCAUUCCGGAAGCAAUUGUGUCGUAUCAUUAUAAAAAUCAAUGGUUUCUUGGACAACUGGGAUGUUCGAUCUUCGUCUUCCUCAAUUUCUUUGGGAUUAAUGCCGGGGUCGCCAGCAUGUCCAUGAUGACCCUUGAACGCUACAUCGCCAUCUGCCGUCCAUUGUUUGCCCGCAAAGUGUGCACCGUGGAGCGCACGCGAAGGAUCAUCCUCUCUUUAUGGAUCGCAGCCGCUGUCUACUGCUCACCGUGGCUGGGUCUGACCGAAGUGAAAACUAUCGAAAACACAGAUCGAGAAAUCUGCGAUUUUCGAUUAACACAAUCCUACUAUAUAUUUAUUUUUGGGGCGGAUUUGAUAAUAUUUUACUUCGUCCCGCUAAUGGCGGCGGUGAUUAUCUACAUAAAAAUUGACGUGUCGCUUCGGAAGCGUGAAGCUGUGAUUGGUGUAUCCGUCAGUGCAGUGGAAGACGGGAGAUUCUCAAGGGAGUCAACAAUGCGGCAUAAGGAUGAGCAAGGAUCAACCACCCUUCUGCCUGCGACAAUAUACGCCAGCAACGGCAACGCAAACCCCUGCGCGUUCACUCGAACCGAAUCAACAGUGACUGUGCACAGCGCAAGCGGUGCACGUAUACAAGUUGAACGCAUGCUUUUUGCGACCGUACUGGUAUUUGCCAUUGCCUGGCUGCCAUUCCGUGGGUUGCUACUGUACAACACUUUUGCGACCACGCCCUGGCUCGACGAAUGGUACUCCCUGUUCGCCAAGUCUCUCAUUUAUCUCAACUCAGCGAUAAAUCCACUCCUGUAUAAUGUUAUGAGUGCAAGGUUCCGAAGGGCUUUUCGUCAAAUGAUCACUUGUAAAAAAUGCCAUUAAGCCAGAAAAGAAUGGUCACCAUAGAAAGAAAUGCGGGAAAUUUUGCAUAUCCAUAACGGUAUCAACCCUAGACCCAAUUGCCAAUUUUCCUUGGUUAUUGGGAUUUCCUUCGUUUUUUUCUCCGAA